CCUGUCAAGAUGUUCACAUUAGUACUGGUUGUAUUGUUAGUUAUAGCAAUUUACUUUUACGGAACACGAAACUUUGAUUAUUGGAAGAAAAGGGGAGUGAAAUACGAAGAACCUUUGUUCUUUUUCGGCGGCAAUAUCAAAAGUUAUAUUGAUAAUGUCAGUUUUUCCGAGCGCUUCGCAGCACUACACCGAGCGUACCCUAAUGAAAAAUUUGUCGGCCUCUUCGAAGGAAGCCGCCCAUCGAUCCUUAUCAGGGACCCUGAGUUGAUAAAACAUGUUCUCAUGACGGACUUUCGACACUUUCAUCGCCGUGGAAUAAGUUUGAACAAGUUGGUCACGGAUCCUUUAAUGAAGAAUUUGUUUACCGUGGACGGUGAUAUUUGGAAAUUGAUGAGGCAAAAGUUAACAUCCGCUUUUUCUACCAGUAAGCUGAAAGCUAUGUUCCCACUUAUAGUUGAAACAACGGAAAAGUUGACACAGAUCGCGAAUGAAUACGCAGAGUCAAACGACGAAGUUGAUGUGCGUGAACUAAUGGCGAGGUACACUACAGAUUUCGUCGGCGCGUGUGGAUUCGGCAUCGACUCCCAGGCUUUGAAUGAAACUGAUUCAGAUUUUCGUCGAUUAGGUAAGCGUAUCUUCAGUCCAACAAUUCGAGAUCACUUUGUGAAUCUCAUGAAAUCAAUGUUCCCGGAAACAUUCAGGAAUGUGCGUUUCUUCGCCCCCGAAAUAGAGGAGAAGACAUUUUCGAUUGUACGACAAAUAAUGGCUCAGAGAAACUAUAAACCUUGUGGUAGGAACGACUUCAUUGAUUUAAUGUUAGAGUUAAAGCAGAAAAAGAAAAUUGUUGGGGAGUCAAUAGAAAAACGGAACGUGGAUGGUACUCCUGAACUUGUUGAAUUUGAUCUGGAUGACCAGUUGCUUGCAGCGCAAGUCUUCAUAUUCUUCGCUGCAGGGUUCGAAACUUCUUCGUCUGCCAGCAGUUUUCUUCUUCACAUGCUGGCGUUCCACCCGGAAGCGCAGGAACGUUGCCGGAAAGAAGUAGAUGAAGUUCUUAACAACUAUGAUGGGAAGCUUUGUUAUGAUGCUGUAAAAGAUAUGAAAUACUUGGAAAUGGCUUUUAAGGAAGGUUUGCGACUACUGCCAUCGCCUGGUUAUUUACUAAGAUUAACGUGUGACAAAUACCACAUCCCAGGAACAGAUGUAACGAUAGACGAAGGGACUUCGGUGGUGAUAUCCGUGGAGGCUUUAUGUUCUGAUGAACGGUACUUCGAGGAUCCAGAGACUUUCAACCCUGAGAGAUUUCACCCUGACAAUAUCAGGAAUAUUGAGAAAUGUGUUUAUAUGCCUUUCGGAGAUGGCCCCCGGGCGUGCAUAGACGACGAUGUUUGGAAACUUUUGAGACAAAAUCUAACUUCCGCGUUCUCCAGUGCUAAACUUAAGGCUAUGUUUCCACUAAUUGUUGAAAGAGCAGAUAAAUUAACACAGAUAGCAAAAGAAUCAGCUGAGUUUCAAGACGAAAUUGAUGUUCGUGAACUAAUGGCGAGGUAUACUACAGAUUUUAUUGGCGCAUGUGGAUUUGGCAUCGAUUCCCAAGCUUUGAAUGAGGAAAACUCUGAUUUCCGUAAACUAGGAAAGCGUAUAUUUAAACGUAAUUUACGUGAUGUCUUCGUGGCUCUUUUAAUGGCUAUGUUUCCAGAAACGUUUAAAAAUCUUCACUUAUUUGCACCUGAGAUUGAAGAGAAAACUUUUUCAAUCGUUGGGCAGAUUAUGGCGCAGAGAGACUACAAACCAUCUGGGAGGAAUGACUUUAUUGAUUUGUUAUUGGAGUUGAGACAGAAAGGUAAAAUUGUCGGAGAAUCAAUCGUGAAGCGGAAGCCUGAUGGCAGUCCUGAAACUGUUGAAUUGGAGUUGAAUGACAAAGUGCUCGCAGCACAAGCAUUUAUAUUCUUCGCUGCUGGCUUCGAGACUUCCUCAGCAGCCAGUAGCUUUCUUCUCCAUAUGCUCGCAUACCAUCCGGAGAUUCAAGAAAAAUGCCGCAAUGAAGUAGAUGCUGUUCUAAAGAGUUAUGAUGGAAAACUUUGCUAUGACGCAGUCAAAGAUAUGAAAUAUUUGGAAAUGGCUUUCAAAGAAAGCAUGCGCUGCUUGCUGUCUCCAGGUUUCUUAUUAAGAGUGACAUGUACCAAGUACCCCAUCCCAGGGACUGAUGUCGUUUUAGAGGAAGGGAUGCGGGUGGUAAUCUCUUUGGAUGGCUUGUGUUCUGAUCAACAGUACUUCAAGGAACCGGAAGAGUUCAGACCGGAGAGAUUCCAUCCGGAUAAUAUUGGGAAAAUCAAGAAAUUCACGUACAUGCCUUUUGGAGAAGGACCUCGAGCGUGUAUAGGUGAGCGUAUGGGCGUUAUGCAGUCGUUGGCGGGAGUGGCAACCAUUUUGAGGAGUUUCACAGUGGCGCCGUCUCGUAGUUCGCUGCGAAAACCGCGAAUCGAUCCAAAAUCGAUGAUCGUUCAAACUAUACUUGGUGGAUUACCUCUAGCACUUAGGCAAAGAUAGAUAUAUGUGUUUAAAAUGCUAGUUGUAAGCGAAUACUAAGCCGAUGUGGUAUUACAGUAUCCAAUAUAAUGAA